AUGGAGAAGUGUUUUAUGGACGAAAUUGUGCGAGUACAAUCCGACAAGUCGGAUUCGGGCAAGUCAUUGUUUGAUUCCCCAAACGGGCACUUGGACUCCACGUCCAACUCCAACAUUGAUUCAGAUGACGCCAAUGCGUUUCUUAACGGGAAACCGUAUACGCCUCCAAAGAAAAACAGGGCGUCUCAUAACAAGAUUGAGAAAAAGUACAGGACAAACAUCAACACCAAAUUUGUUGAAUUGAAGGAUGCCGUCCCCACUUUGAGGGUGUUGGACAGCAACACUGUGAUUGACUUUGACGAGUUGGAAGGAUUAGCACCUGCUUCCAAGAUCAACAAGGCUACAAUUCUCUCAAAGGCAACCGAGUACAUCAAGCAUUUGGAAUCGAAAAAUAGGGGGCUGUUAAAUGAAAUUCGAAGGUUAAGAUCGGAUCCUAAUUAUACCUAUCGAUCGCAGAGCUCGAUGCAGAACCUCCCCAUAGAAGUCAUAAACAAUUUGCAAGACGUGCAGACUUGUCAUGUUGUCAUGCCGCAGCGCCAGGAAUCGCAAACCUAUAGGCAUGAUGAAAUGCCAAUCUAUCCUAUAAAUGAACCCCAACAGCUGCCUCAUUUAUCAAAGUUUCCCCCAAUACAUUCAUCUUAUCUCCCUUCCACUUCCACACAGAGCCAUCACGACUCUAUCUCCUCAAUGGAUCAAGCAGCUUCGGAAUAUCUAGAGUCCAAAUACCGUACUCUCUCUACAAAUUCUACUAAUCAAUCCCCCCGAUAUACAACUGUCAGUGGCCCCCGUUCAUAUGGUUACAGCACAAUCAUGGGAAGUGCAAACGAGAUGGAAACCCCUUCUACAGGUGAAGACGACAGGCAGAACUUCACAGAUUCUUCUUCAUAUUUCCACUCAUAUCCAAAUAUUGCCGACGAUAAUUACUCCCUGCCAAAGAAGAUAAUGGUUGCAGGAGUUGCUGCAUUGGUUGGCUCAAAUAUUCAAUCUUCUAAUGAUCAUUAUCAUUCUCUAAAUGCAGCUCCACUGACUCUGCUAUUUGCCAAAUCAAUACACCUGCUCCAAAUUGCUACAUUGGUAUCUUGCAUUUACUAUUUUGUUUAUCCUUUGAUCAAUGGCAUCGUUGCAACUUUCAAUAGUAAGGGAAAAACUCUAAAUAAGUUGGAUAAUUGUCAAUAUCCUUAUUAUUUCGCAAUGUUUGCCAAGAUGUUCAAGCUUCUAUCAUCCACCAAACCUUCAACAGAAACCCCUUUAAACUCUUUCCCCAUCAAGGUAACUUCAUUUCCAACUUCCCACAUUGGAAUACUACUGUCAUACAUGAGACUGCUAAAUGUAAUGGACCGAUCUAGCUUUAAAGAUACAGAAAAGUCCCACUUGGCAACACCGGUUGAGCAUACUUUUAAUAAAAUCAUUCUCUUAAACUUGUUCUUAACAAAAUCUCCAAUUAUUGGAAACUCGCUUGGAUUUAAAAGACGAAUCCAAUUUCUCAUUGGGUCUUUAUCAGAACAUUCGAAAGUGGAAAGUCAAACUCAUAACCAUUCUAAAAUAGUCGAGUUUGUUGAGCUGGAUCCUUCCUUCUUUCGUUCGAAAUCUUUAAAUUCUCAAUUACCACGUAUUCUACUUUCGUUGAAUAGGACCAAGUCAAGCCAAGACACUGCAAGAGAGUUGUUUGGUGAUAAUGGCCUUUUGAGUGUUGGUUGUGGAUAUAAUUCGGUUUACGAAUAUCUUAUGAACACCCCAUCUAACAAGUUAAAUUUGUUUGAGCUAGUCACUAUCUUAUGGUGUGUUGAUAACGUAAGGGAUAGAAUGGUUAAAUUUCUAUCUGAUCUAACUUGCGAGGAUCAAAACUCGUCGAGAACCCAUGAUGAUAUCAUCAAGCUAUGCCAAGAUAUGGAGAAAAUAGAGGCUUUUGUUCCUGCUCCCUGUAUUAAACUGAUUAAAUGCUGCAAAAUAUUCAAAAGUAUUCUUAAUCCAAAGGAUGAGAGUUACUUGAACGACUCACUAAAAAUCAUACUUUUAAGUGUGGAAGAAAAAUUAAUGAGAAAUGCAAAUAAAUCAGACAGAGAAUUAUGUGAUGUGUUGUUAACCAUCUUACGUUCCCCACAGCCUUUGCUGGCUAAGACUUUACAAAUUGUGGCAAAGAUUCAGAAGGUUACCUCAGAAUCUUCGAAAUCUAUAGACUUCAUUUCAGACGAAAAUAGGUUGUCUCUAAUUUGUUCUAUUAUUUUGCAUCAGUAUUCCACUGGUAACUCUAGGUAUGGCCGCUCUCUUCUUAAGUAUUUAAAAACAGAGAAAACAAGGAAGUUUUUAUGCUCAAAUUCCAUUUCUCUAAUGUCCUUAAUUGCUGCUUUCAAUACAUUGAUUGUCGUGCUAGAGACUGAUGACGCGGAUCUAGAAAACAAUAGUCAAUCUUCGGAAAUUUCAGAUGCAAACGUGGACAUUGCAACUAUAGAUAUAGAAGAACAUCAAAUCCUAGAAGACUUACUUUGUGGUUUGAGACUUUAUGUUGGUCAGGGAUCAGGUGGCUGUGCUGACGAAAGCGCAGACUAUGAUAUUUUAAGUUUGCACUACGGUUUACAAAGUGAGCUAAGCCACAAAUUGCUUGAACUUGCUAAAGAACUAGUAGGUUAUGCAGAUAGUAACUAA